AUGAAUAAAUUUAAAGAUUUACCAGAUAUAGAUACAUCAACUCAAGAAAUAUUUGAAUCAUCAGAUCAUGAAGAUAACGAUACUACCACUACACAACAAAAUGAUGAAUUUGAAAAUAUAAAUUUUGAUGAAAAAACAAUACAAUUUAAUAAAUUUCAUAUAAUAAAUAAUAACAAAUUUGAUUUUUCAGGAAAUGUUAUAAAUUCUAUGGGUUAUCAAAUUAUAGAUAAUGAAAAAGAAGAAACUAUUGAUGAAAAGCUAGCUAGAAUUAAAAGAGAAUUGGAAGAAAUACGGCAGAAUCAAGACAUUAAUGUUGAUGAAUUAAUUGAAGAAACAAAAGAAUUGGAGAUAAAUAGUAAAAAAAAGAGUCAACUAGAUGAAAUAAUAGACCCAGAAUCAAUUAAUAUUCGAGAACUUCUACAUUUCCAAUCCAAACCAAUAGAACUAAAUGAAAGAAACAUUAAACAAUUAAGUAGCAUAGAGAAUAAAUUAAAUGAACUAGAAUCAAAAAUUGGAUCAGGAAUUAAAAAUGAAAAUGAAAAUGAAACUACCACAUUUCAAUUAAAUAUAAAUGAUUUAGAAAGAAAGUUAGAUAUACUAGAACAUUCAGAUUACAAUUCAAAUUCAAUAAUAACCAAAGUUGAAAAAUUAACAAAAGAAAUUAAUAAAUUAGAAUUAAAUAAAAAAAUAUAUGGAUUAGAUCCAACAAAUGAUAAUUAUAAUGAAAGUGAUGAAAUAAAUAAUAUUAACAAGUAUGAAAAAAUCAAUGAAAUCUAUAAAAUAUUACCAAAUUUAGAAAAUACAAUAGUUAAUAUACCAAUUAUAUUAAAAAGAAUUAAAAAUUUAAAUAAUUUACAUAAUGAAAUGAAUGAAUCAAUUAAUUUAACAUCAAAUUUAAAUGAAAUUUUCAAUAAUAUAAACAAGGAUUUUAUUAAAUGGGAUGAAUCAAUAAUUAAUUUGAAUUCUAAACUUAAUCUUACAAUUGAAAAUUUUAAUAAUAAUCUGGAAAAUGUAAAUAAUAGAAUUUUAGAAUUAAAUGAAAGAAUUAAGAACUACAAGAUAAAUAAGUAG